AAUGACCAGGCAGUCAAAUCCAUGCCAGCAUUGAUAUAUAUACUCAGCUCGGUUUCGGCCGAAUGCAUGCAAGCAUGGAUGACACCAAUCCUAGCUCACCUCUAGUCUAUUCCUCGCCUCCCUUCAUCCAUACAUCAUAGUGCACAAUAUAAUCCCAACCUCACAACCAUCCACCAUGUCCUCCUCCUCAACAUCAAAGCCCUCAAUCCCUUUAGAAAAACUCCUCUCCACAAAACGCGACCUCCUACCCAAAGGCAUCCGCUACGUAACCGGAGGCUCAAUCUUCAACCCCCAAACCCCAUCAAAACUCCUCAUCCUCAAACGCGCCGCGACCGACGUAUUUCCCGGAUACUGGGAAGUUCCAGGCGGAAGUAUGGAAGCCGGAGAAACGGUGCCGGUUGUGGUCAAGUUGGAUCCGAAGGAGCAUGAGGAGUGGGUGUGGGCUGGGGAGGAGGAUGUGCGCGAUGUCCCACUUACGAUCCCGAUGAGCGAACGCCGGGCCGACGAGCGUGUCGCAUACGAUGGCGCCCGCGACAACUCCGUGCCCGAGCCCACCGUCGCUGCCUUCUCCCCUAACCAGCAGACGUCGAGGAAGAGGAACCAGGCAUCGGUAUUGAUACAUCAGAAAAGCCCUUUGUUGGCUGCUACUCCGCCGCAGGUCACACGAGUGUUGGCAUAUUCGCAUCCCUUCAUAUUACCGUUGAGCCACUUGGCGGGACUGCUGUCAUGGACAACAGGAGAUGCGUGGGAGAGCUUUCUGCUCGUAGCAGGCUUCUGGUUCACGGUACUCUACGCUGAUGAUGUGUUACGAUAUGCGGGGCCGGUGGUGCUGAUGGUGGUGCUGAUGGCAGGCAUGUACGGGAGGAGAUAUAGCCCGCUGUCCAGCACGACGUGGAGCGGCGAGAAGAAGAAGCGCAGUCGAGCAGACUCAGAGUCCGAGAGGAGGAAGAGUCUGGAUGAGAUUCUGGAUACGCUAGAGAUCUUCACGCACCGCUGCGAUGUCCUGCUGGAUCCCUUCUUGCGGCUGACCGAGUUCUUGAGCACGCAGACCACUGCCGUGUCUGCAAGCACCAGGCCGGCGCUGACCUCCAUGUUCUUGCGAUUGCUAGCUCUCACCCCUUUCUGGAUCAUCCUAACGCUACCUCCAUGGCGCAUCAUCACACUUCAGCGUGCACUGCUGGUAUUAGGCACGAUCGGCAUGACCUGGCAUAGUCGACCUGCUCGGGCUUCACGAUCAAUUCUCUGGCGCAGUCGCAUUGUACGCCAGUCAUCAUCCAUCAUCACAGGUCUUCGCUUUCCAGAUCCUUCGUCAAGCAGUAAGACUGCUCCACCGCUGCCACCUCGGGCACCGGCAGCAUUAGCGAAAGCACUCCAGAGAAAAGGUGAAAGACCGGGCGUGCGCUUCACCUUUGCUAUCUACGAGAACCAGCGUAGAUGGGUCUUGCUUGGAUAUACCUCCAACCUCCUGCCGAACGAGCGUCAAGCCUGGACUGACGAGCAGAACAACACCGUUCCCGACAAGGACAACUUUCCACUUCCAGAAACAGAUUUCGAAUCGACACGAUGGCGAUGGGUGCCAGAAAGCGAGUGGCGGGUCGAUCCAUCGUGGACAGAUGAUUCUGCAGGUACCAAAGGGCGUGGAGACCGCGAAGGCUGGACAUAUUACGACAACAAGUGGCACGGCGGCAGCAAAAUCGACGACUGGGGCAAAUGGACUCGGCGAAGGAGAUGGAUCCGGGAUGCAGAGCUCGUCGAAGAAAUAUCCGAGCCGGAAAAGGAAAAGCAAAAGGAAAAAGAAAAAGAAAAAGAAAACUCUCCUUCCGCCAAAGAAGCCGACGCUCAAUCCGUCACCUUCUCCGAUAUCCAAGAUGGAGAUAGCGUAAGCACUGCCGUCAAGAGGAAAAGCUGGUUCGGGCCCAAACGAAGAAUGACGAACGAGAAAGUGCGACAAGUCGACAAAGCAGACAUCGCAAGCGUGACUGGCAGCGCUGAUACGGGAACCAGCAAAAGGAGUCGAGAGCGCGAUAGUCCCGAAGAUGAUGUGCACACGCCAUAUCGCUACCGUGAAAGAGAAUUCGAUCGAAGUUGGGGUGAUGGGCUCGCCGAGGGUUUGAGCUAGUAGUUACCUUGUGUUAGUGAAGCAUGCCAGGCCUUUUUUUGCAUGCAUGCAUGAUUGAAUGAGAAAUGGAAUUUGAUGAGAUCUGAAGACAUAGCGUGGCGCUGGACUGGACUGGACUGGACUGGACUGGAUAGGAUUCAUGAGGUGGCGAAGGAAGGAUAAGGUCGAAGUUGCCGUUCUUCCGCUAGAUUUUAUAUUUUUAAUACGUUCUUUGAAAAUUCGAUCGUC